AUGGUGAUACGCGCCAACAUUGCUAGUGGUUGCCGGCUGUUGCUGGUGGUUGUUGCCGUCUUCCUGACGGUUUCUGUGAAGGCCGUACCCAUCAAAUUCGCGGUUGAACUAGUUGAAAAUGCUGGCAUCACCCGGAGCGAGUCAAGCUUGUCGCUCGUCCACUGGGAUGCCCUCUCGACGCCUUCCGCCUGCCCAACGCCUUUCCCCUCUCUCAUUCCCUCCAUUCUUCACGACCCCUCCCUCCCGCUCAAUCACGCCAGGCAUCACCCGGAGCGAGUCAACCUUGUCGCUCGCCCGCUGGGGUGCCAUCUCGACACCGCUCGCCUUCCCCUCAUCUUCAUGGGCUUCUUCGAAAGCCUCCCUCUCCGCAAGCCUUGGCCCGCAAACUUUGCCGGCACUCCAAUCGAACCCGGGAGCGACCUUUCAUGUGUCACUUUAGGUGCCAUUUCAGGUGGCGGUUCAAGUGACGGUUUGAGUGGCGGUUCCAAUGGCAGUUCAGGAAGCAGCUCAAGUGGCAAUUUAAGAAAUGGUACCCAAAACGCCACAAGUGCUGCAGUGGACAGUGCUGCAGCAGAUAGUAUCCCAGGCGAGUCAGACUGGGUGAAGAAGCUCGGGUGCCACGGCCCUCCCUGUCCCUCCUUCGGCUCAUGCACCGCCCGCUUCCCCAACGUGCAGGCCUGCUGGAACCCCCACCUUGUGGACGAACUCGAGACUGAAAUCAGCCCCCCUAUAAACUGCCCCCUUAAAGGGGACAGCACCGCGUUCGACGAGACGUGCUCGAAGAGGAAGGAUGUCGUGCGGCACGAUGUGAGCGCGCUGCAGGUGAUGUGGCUGGAGGAUGUGUUUGUGACCGGCAACGGAGUGAAUCUCAACCGCACUCACGCGUUCGUGAGGAACGGGUGCUCUCGCUUCCCCGGAACGGCCAAGUAUGAGGCGACGCACAUGGUGUACGAGCUGCCGGCAUUGUUCAACUUAGCGCACCAACCAGGCAACAACUUCUACCACUUUCUCGUGGAGCUCGUUCCUCUCUUCCUCGUCUCCGCGCCCCUCAUGUCGUCCAUGCUGCAAAACGUGCCUGUACUUGUCAGGCAAACACAGGUGCGUUGGUACGAGCAGCUGGGCGCUCCACUCAUUGGCAUCCCCACACAUCAUAGUCGCCUGCUGCCCACAUUCGCUAACGAUCUCUUUCACGCCGAUAUGGUGUACAAGCCCAUAUUCCAAGACUGUGACCGCCCCAGCAGACCCCUCUGGCAGAUGCUGUGGCGCCGCCAUCUGCUGCACCCCUCCGGCAUCCCUCUCUUCAACCCCGACUGGACCUACCACAGCCACCGCCCUCUCUCCCUUGCUGAAGCGCACUCCUUCCCCCACGAUUGGGUGAUUGUGCUCACGAAGCGGCCAGAGGGGCAGCGCCGGGUGAUGGAGAAUUUCCAGGAGGUGGAGGCGGAGGCGGUGCGGCGGUUUGGGCAAGAGCGAGUGGUGGUGUUUAACGGGUCGCUGUCGAUUCUGCAAGCCCGAGCACUCCUAUCACGAGCUCGCUUCUACAUAGUUGCCCACGGAGCGGCCCUCACCAACAUAAUCUCCAUGGCUAACGCCUGUCCUCUUUCCAUCCCCCCCCCUCCCCCCGGCUUCCACCCGUCCCCCUCCUCACCCCCAGCCCGUGCACUCCUGUCACGAGCACGUCUCUACAUAGCAGCCCAUGGAGUGGCCCUCACCAACAUGAUCUUCAUGCCGGAACAAAGCUCGGUGCUCGAGAUUCGUCCAGAAGGCUGCCAUGCUACAGUCUUCGAGUCGCUCGCCUCUGCCUGCUCCCUGCGCUACCACCUCGUGCUCACCAAGGGUGAUUGGUUCUCCCCUAUUGUGGCUAAUGUGACAAGCGUGGCUCAUGUCCUUGAUUCUGUCCACGCACGAAUGCGUGAGGAGGAUGGUGGAGGUGUGGUGUUGUAG